AGAAGGAGAACGCGGCUCCUUUUAGAAGCUGUGGCACUUGGAACCUGUAAGCCCUCAGUGUAGUGUGAUCAAAUGAGACUGAGGCAACUGUAGGACAUCUGCAAAAUCCAUAUCCCUCCAACCUGACCAAAGGACCACAGACCGUCCCAGUUGACUCAGAAAGAUGUUGGAUAACUGGAUACUGACCGCCCUCGUCUCCAUUGGCGUUGGCUCACUGCUGUUUGUGGUGGCUCUCUUCGUCCUCCUCCGGAAUAACGUCCAUGCAAAGAUCUUUUGGAACGAAAUCGUGCUUGAGAGAAUCACCAACUUUGUCAUGGAUCAGAGCAAAGAGCAGCGGAUCCUGAACUCGGUCUCUUACAAUGCCGUCAAAGGAGACCCAGAGAGUGUUUUGAACUGCAUUGAUGCAUACUGCUCCAAGAGUGAGUGGGCCAUGAAUGUUGGGGAUGAGAAAGGUCUGAUCCUAGAUGAAAUCGUCAAGGAGGCCAACCCAACCACCGCUUUGGAGCUGGGGACUUACUGCGGCUACUCAGCCAUCCGGAUUGCUCGGCUUUUGAAACCCAAGGCUCGUUUUUUCUCCAUUGAAUCCAAUCCGGAGUUCAUACCCAUUGCGAAAGAAAUGAUCGAGUUGGCUGGGCUCAGCGAUAAGGUAACCAUCCUUGAGGGCCAUGCCCAGGACAUCAUCCCUCAGCUGAAGAGUAAAUACAAGGUGGACACCUUGGAUUUUGUAUUUCUGGACCACUGGAAGGACAGAUAUGCCCCAGACACCAUCCUUCUCGAGGAAUGUGGCCUCCUGCGGAAGGGAUCGGUCCUUUUGGCCGACAACGUCAUCUACCCGGGGGCUCCCGACUUCCUCAAGUACGUCCGCAGCCACGAGCGCUUUGAGUGCACCAACUACCCUUCUCACCUGGAGUACAUGAAGGCGGAGGACGCCAUGGAGAAGGCCGUGUACCAGGGAUGAAGAGCGAGUGUGUGCGCGACAUUCGUAUCCAUCUUCUGUUUAGUCUGUGUGAACACGCAACGUGAAUUGUAGCUUUCUGUCGUUUGGGUCCUAUGAUAUGAAACCAUUGCGAUAUGGGAGGACAAGCUAGUGUGAACCAAAAUGCUCAACCAGCCCUCCACAUUGGCCAAGAUUAGUAGUCCAGGAAUCCCACAAAAGUGGGAAAAACACAAAGAAAAAUGUAUUGUCGAAGGCUUUCAUGGCUGGAAUCACUAGGUUCUUGUGGGUUUUUUCGGGCUAUAUGGCUAUGUUCUAGAGGCAUUUUUCCUGAUGUUUCGCCUGCAUCUAUGGCGAAAUCUAUGGAGGAUGCUUGCCAUAGAUGCAGGCGAAACGUCAGGAAAAAUGCCUCUAGAACAUGGCCAUAUAGCCCGAAAAAACCCACAAGAACCUACAAAGAAAAAUGCUGGGUUGGUUUUUUAACUGAGAGAACACCUCCCCAGAAAUCUCUCAAUCCUUCAGCACAACUCUGUGGUCAUCGUCCACUGGGUGUUGACCAUAGAACCACACUGGAAGACCUAAAGAGCCCCAUACAGAGGUGUUCUUUAUGGGGAUCGCUAGGUCUUCUAACAUGACUGUAAUGGUUGACCAAAGCAUUGCACUGGAGGACCUAGAGUGCAACCUGCAGCCCACCAGGUGUUUGGGCCUCUAACUCCCAGAAGCCCUUGUCAGCCUGUCCAAUGGCCAGGAAUUCUGAGAGCUGAAGUCCAAAACCCCCCGAGAACCCCAAUUUGUGCAGGCCUGACCUAGAGAUCCCUACAGAGAAUAUUUUAGGUACAGAAAAAUAAUCAAAAUCUGCCAACUCAAACCUGCCAAUGUGGAGGGCAAAUAGGCUAGGCAACCAAGUCCCAAUUUGUGGUGUUUUUUUUCCUUUCAGUUUGGGUUAAUGCUUUUAUUUCCUCUUGAAGUUUUUUUUUUUAAAAAAAUUGGCCAAGUGCCCUUUCUGCAUCUUUUUUGUCUAAACACUCCGAAGCCAACUUAGCUCCAUCUGCCAGGGGCUAAGCUUUGGUGUUUUGUAGCCAAGGACGGCCAAAAUCAUCUUUGGAGCCUCAUCCCAAGGGGUUUUUUCUUGACUGAUAUGUAGCAGGACAAGAACAUUCCUGUUGCCUCCCUUCGUAAUUGGUAGGGACCAGAUUUGGGAAUGUAGACAUAGAGGCCCAACUCGGUUUCCUUAGAGGGAUAAAAAGUGCCAGGCCCAGCAGUAGGGCUGUGUUGUGCUAAGCAACACUACACGCCACCUUCUGUGUGCAAGUCCUGCAUUUUUGUAUCAGAUGGUGCAUUUUUGACCAUUCUGGUUUAUUUAUUAUUUAUUUCGUGUGCUUAUACCCCGCCCUUCUCAACCCCCGAGGGGGGUUGCAGAAUGACAGGAGAAAGAACCACAAUUCUUCUGCUUUUCCUUCCAAUCCCAAAAAUUGAUAUCUCGUUUUGAAGUCAGCCCUAGAAAGCACUUCUGGCCAACAACUUCUCCAACUUCUUGCACCACGUCAUGGGACCAAAAGCAGCAGGAGGAAAGUGUGGACUCUCCCAAGCCGCUUAGGGUCUGUCCUGUCUACUACUCUGUCUGGAUUUAUUGAUUUGUUUAAGAGCCAAAGAUGUGUUUAGUUGGUUUAAAGACAGGUCAAAGCCAAGGAAUGUCUCCAUUGGGAGGAGGAAGAAGACUUCAGCCAUGUUCUUUACCACUGAGACUAUGUUCUUUAUUAAAAAGCAACUCUAAGCCAUAGGCCCCAAACUGGAGCCAAAUGAAAUCAGAGCAAGUUGGUUCUAAGACCAGACUCUCUGACCAAGAAAUGAAAGCUAGGGAAGGAGGACGUUCCUCCGGUUUUGGGUGCAGAGCUUCUUCCCCCACUUCUCAGCUCCUUCACCGCCCCCCCCUCCCCCCAGCCAAGCAUCUGCUCGUAUAUGGCCUCAGUUCCACAAACGUCUGCUCCUGGUUCCCCCCCAUAUUGCCUCAUUUAAGAGGGAAGGAAAUGGCAUUGGGGGGUGGAAAGUCUUGCUGCUGCCUGCAAGUCACCCAAACUCAGAAUCCUCAAAGCUCACACUACAUCAGUAUAGAACUAUGAUUCCACUUCGGCUUUCACAGUGCCAUUCUAUGGAACCCUGGAAUUGGGAAGCACUUAAGAAUGUGUUAAAAUUACAGGAAAGGAGAUUCCAUCUGAACAUUAGGAAGAACUUCCUGAAUGUAAGGAGAGCUGUUCAGUUGUGGAAUUCUCUGCCUCGGGGUGUGGUGGAAGAUUUUAAGCAGAGGCUGGAUAGCUGACUGUCGGAGGUACUUUUCAUUGUGCUUUUCAUACAUGGCAGAAGGGGGUUGGACUGGAUGGCCCCUGGGGUCUCUUCCAACUCUAUGGUUCUGUGAUGCCCACACUAACGGCAUGGGCAGAUGUCUCUCUCCUCCAAGAAAGUGAGGAAAGCUAGAUGAAAGGUCCGUCACACUUGAGGUGCUCAAGAUUAUUUAGGCUAGAAAAAACUAUUCCAAAUGUAGUCAUAUCUUGUAGCCACACAGCCAUCAUCAACUGGGUGCCCUCCAGCUGCCUUGGACUUCCAACUUGAUCCCCCUGCCAGCUUUGGGUCAAUGGGACUUGGGGUCCAAUACAGCCAGAUAGUGCGAGGUUGACAUACACACUUUCAGGAUCGCACAAACACCAUGUCACAGCAUUGAAAAACCAGGUAUCCCAUUCCAACUAGCACAAUCAGCUCACCAGUAGUUCAUCACAAAGGAAUCCCCGUAAAGUCUGGCAGACAUAAUGUACGUAUUAGAACUGCAUGCCCACAGCCUUUCUCAAAACACCAGUUGAACAGAGCUGUCUGUCAGAAUGCCAAAAAAUAUGGACGUUCCCCAAAGUGCUCCCAUAUUCUCUCUCUUCAUCCCUUCUUCACUUCACAUGGUGUGCCACCAAAGUUGCCAAUCCAGACACUGGAAGAGCUUCCGGAAUGGUUGCUUGUCUAGUCAGUGACCCCAUUGCGUUGGGAUUCCUUUUUCAUGGCUCUUUGAAAAGCAGCAUCCUUUAAAGGUGAGCAAGAUCGACAACGCAGAUAGCCUCAACUUUGGGCUCCUUAUCAUAUGCCCCAAACGACAGGAUAUAGAUGUAUAGAUACCUUGCAAUGUAGUACUACGUAAGCUUGCUUUUCCAAAGCGGACAACCAACUUUGUCCCUGUGCUUUUUGUUACUUGUGUGCCUAUCUUUUUAAAAAACAUCUACUUCAUUAUAAAAACUUGCAGAUCAUCA